UCGGCCGGGUUCCAGCAGCCGGAGAAGCGGUUAUCCUUGCCUUUCUGUGCGAUCGAAAAUGUUUUCUUCGUGUAGGUGAAGUGACUAGAGCUUUCAAGGUCUGCUCGUCUACUAGUGUUUGCGUGUACCGUGUUGUGCUUUAUAUUUGUGAGUUUAUAUUCUGCAAAACGGGGACUAAACAUCGGCUCGUUUGGUAGCAAAACAAGAUGAAGCGAGUGCGACUGGUUGCUUUGAUUGUGCAGCGUGUUUUGAUUACUGCCGCGGUCUUCUUUGCCGCCAUUGUACUGAUCUACUUCACGGCCAUCGAUCCAAAAGAACGAUAUUCCUCUUGUGACCGACUGUGCAACCGAGCGGACUGGCCACGAAUAUGUCGCUUUCAGCUGGUGAUCGAAAAGCGAACACUCUUCCGUGACGGCUCUCGGACACUGCGUGGAAUCACCGGCAACACGACAUCCCAAAGGGACAGCAUGGAGUCCCCAUCGUUUAGCUAUUAUACCGUAAAUGGGCGCUACGUGGGCCCUACGCUGACUGUCUGCGAGCAUGACUUCCUGGUGGUCGACGUCGAGAACCGGGUGGCGGGCGAAAGCAUAGCGCUCCACUGGACCGGCCAAAGCCAACGCCGAACACCCUUCAUGGACGGAGUGCCAAUGAUAACGCAGUGUCCGAUCGCGAGCUACACACGGUUCCAGUACAAGUUCCAGGUGGACAAAGCCGGUACGCAGCUGUAUCAUGGAUUUGCCGGAGGCGAAAGGACUCGUGGUCUGCUCGGUGCGUUGGUCGUUCGUUCGCCCAGUGAACAGCGGAGCAUCGACGUUAUUCCCUCGACGGAAAGCGUCUGGAUUGUGACGGAACACGAUGGGCAACUGGGCGUGAAUGGUGAACGGUAUUGGCAGGAGAGUAUCCCCGGGAAUGCAACUACUCGUGGCCAUCGUAUCCGAUUGCUGUACGUCAGCUCCUGUCGAUAUUGGCUCGAGGUGGAGCAUCAUCGAUUAACGGUGCUGGCGCUCGAUGGAAAUCUGCUCGAACCGGCACUCGUGGACCGUGUCCUUCUGCACGAUGGUCUACGGAUGGAUCUCGUACUCCACAUCAGCCCGGGAAUCCUCAAGCCGGAUUAUGAAAUUCGAUUCACGCCAAUGGAUAGAGACGAGAGCUGCUAUCAACGGUCGGUGUUUCGGUUACAAUAUGAAUCCCAUUCCGAGGGAGUCCUGCACGGUCCUGAGAGUAUUGAACAUAAUUUAUCCCAACCUGCGGCUGAAUGGAUCGCAUUAGAUCUCGUUGGAGAAGCGAGGCCUUCUGCGACGCAACCUGGUGAACGAAUCCUUCAUCUGACAGACCUCCAUGGGGAUCAAUUUCCAAAGGAUCUGCGUUCUUACGAUACCCGGCUUGAGUUAAUCAUCUCUUCGCAGGUGGUUGAGGAGUUUGGUGGACCUUUCGAUGACGAAAUGUACCACGAGACGGUACACUCGGUGAACGGAUUCACCUUCGCCUUUCCAUCGGUGUUGAUGCUGCGCGAACCGGCCAGUACGGAGCUGCGGCCACAGCUCUGUGGCCCUCGGUCGGUGCCAAGAAAGUGUCACCCGAUGACGGCAAGGUGCGAGUGUGUUCACGUUGCGCAUCUCGAAGCAGGUCAACGAGUGGAAAUGGUUCUAAUUAAUGCCGAUCCUGCCAACGAUUACACGUACCAGCUUCACGGACACACGCUGUUUGUCGUCGGUGCCGCCGUUGGCCAUCGGAACGAUCCGAGAAAGAUUUCACGCAGCUUUGACCGGCCACCGGCUCGAGACACAAUCGUCGUGCAGCGGGACUCGGUGCUGGUGGUUCGGUUCGUUGCCAGCAACACGGGACUGUGGUUGCUGAGGGAUAUUGGUGCGACUCAGUGGUCUCGAGGACUGGAUGUCGUGCUGCACGUCGGUAGUCCUCAGUACCCGACAGCGGGUACAUUCAGCAUUCCGACCGAUUUUCCUGCCUGCCGCCAUUUUGUGGGUCCCAGACAUUUCUUGAUCUAGUGCCAUAUAUCGCGGGGCGGAGCGGGGCGAGAGA